ACACCACCAAAAUUUGUCGUAUGAGAUAUCUCACAACUUCUUUUAAACUUGAGACUAUCUGAACUGUAUUUUGUGCCUAGGUUCCUAGUAACCAGUGCAUUCCUGAGAGUUUGAUUUGCUUGUUUAGCUGGUUUUGAACAGAAAGAGAAGCAACAUCAUGAGGAGCAACACCAACUACUCCGUGUCGGUUCUUCUCUCUACCCUACUUAUUCUCAUCCUUGCUUCAAAAGUUCUCACUCUUUCGAGCAAGUGCAAAUCCGAAUCAUGUGGAGGUAUUAAGAUUCAGUACCCCUUUGGAAUCCAAGAUGGUUGCUAUCUCGAAGAAUGGUACAAAGUCGAAUGCAGAAACGCUACUUUCCCAUUCCUUACCAAGAUGGGCAUAGAAGUUGUGAAUAUCUCAUUUGCAGGUGAAGAAGAGGGUGGUUAUUUCUCUUCCGAUCGGCCAUUCGGAUCGCUUCGAGUCAAACACCCAAUAACAUCCGUUGGAUGUUCAAGAAAUGGACAAGAGUCUGAACCAGUUUUGAAUUUGACAAACAGCCCUUUUUUCUUUGGGAGAGGGAACAGCCUUGUAGCUGUUGGUUGCAACAGCAAGGCGUCGUUAACUAACAUCGGGCCGACAAAGUUGGAUUGCGAGUUGAACUGCACAGUGAGGUUACCUACACAAAACGUCCCCUUUUUAGACAACACCGGAUGUUCUAGCAACGCUUUGCCUUAUGCUUACCGUUCUAGCGUUUGUGCAAAUAACCAAGUGGGAGAGGAAAGAAGCUGUGAUGGUAACGGAUGUUGUCGUGCAAAUUUACCGGAUGAUGCUGAGGCGCAGCAAGUGAUCGGUGUUAGAAUAGAGAGCUUUGAUCAGGGAAACUCGACAAGUGGAGGAUGCAAGGUCGCUUUCUUAACCGAUGAAGUCUACACGUCAUACAAUGCAACUGAACCCCAAAGCUUAUACGCUAAGGGGUAUGCUAUAGUUACGAUAAAAUGGGUCUUCAAGGAGAAAAAUCUUUCUUUCUUGAACUCCUUCAACUGUAUAAACUCAGAGGAGUACGAUAGUAUACCAUAUAAUUCUCGACGCAGAAGAACUUGUGUAUGCAACAAUAUCACCAUUUCUGGGACCAGUUAUGCGAAUUGUGCAUGCAACCGAGGUUAUACAGGCAACCCAUACCUCUUAAACGGAUGCGAAGAUAUUAAUGAGUGCCUUCUACCCUAUGGAGAAGGCGGAUACUGUUCAAAGAGCCAAACUUGCAUAAAUGAGCCUGGAGAUGCUGAUUGCGUGGCAAAGAAGACUGUGCCAAUACUGAUAGGAGUGGGUUCGGGUUUUGGCAUCUUAGUACUAGUAAGUGGACUUUGGUGGUUGAGAAAAUUUCUUAAGAAGAGAAGGAUAACUCAGAAGAAAAAGAAGUGUUUCAAACGUAACGGGGGACUAUUGUUGCAACAACAUUUAAAUACAAAUAAAGGCAACAUAGAGAAGACAAAAAUAUUCACCUCGAAAGAGCUUGAAAAAGCCACUGAAAACUUCAGCGAAAACCGGAUACUUGGACAGGGUGGUCAAGGCACUGUGUACAAGGGAAUGCUUGUAGAUGGAAGAACCGUAGCUGUCAAGAAAUCCAAAGUUGUGGAUGAAGACAAACUAGAAGAGUUCAUCAACGAGGUUGUCAUUCUCUCCCAAGUCAACCAUAGACACGUGGUCAAGCUCCUGGGAUGUUGUCUUGAGACAGAAGUUCCCGUUCUUGUUUACGAGUUCAUCCCCAAUGGUAACCUCUUUCAGCAUAUCCAUGAAGAAUCUGAUGACUACACAAUGAUAUGGGGCGUGCGGCUACGCAUUGCUGUAGACAUAGCAGGAGCUCUCUCUUAUUUGCAUUCUGCUGCGUCUUCUCCAAUUUAUCAUCGAGAUGUCAAGUCAACUAACAUAUUACUAGACGAGAAAUAUCGAGCCAAGGUGUCCGAUUUCGGAACAUCAAGAUCUGUAACCGUAGAUCAAACUCAUUGGACCACACUUGUUUCAGGUACAGUGGGAUACAUGGAUCCUGAGUACUACAGAUCUAGCCAAUACACUGAUAAGAGUGACGUUUAUAGCUUUGGGGUCGUCCUUGUUGAGCUUAUCACAGGAGAGAAGCCUGUGCUAACGCUUUCAAAUACUCAAGAAAUAAAAGCGUUAGCGGAUCAUUUCAGAGAUGCAAUGAAGGAGGACAGAUUCUUUGAUAUUAUGGAUGCUCGAAUAAGAGAUGCAUGUAAACCGGAACAAGUAAUCGCAGUGGCGAAUCUAGCAAGGAGAUGUUUGAACUCAAAGGGAAAGAAGCGGCCCUACAUGAGAGAAGUGUUCAUCGAGUUAGAGAAGAUAUCUUCAUCCCAAGAGGUAAAAAUUGAAAACCACAAUGGUGAUGAUGAAGAGGAAGAAGGAAUGGAUAUGAUAGUCAUGGCUGACUCGUGGACCAUUGGUAUUACUGGUUCAGCCCCUAGUAGUGUUGGUUCGUCUUUCUCGAUAGAUGUUGAACCUUAGCUCAAAACACAUGGUCACUUAGCUUUUACGUGAAUAAGAGAUGCAAAACCAAACACUUGGUGUGUGUAUGUGACUGUUUUUUUAUUUAGUUUCAUGUUGUUAAAAGAAGCUUCAAGUCAUUAGAUUUACAGCUCUAAGAUUUUUUUUCCACUUUACAGCUCUAAGAUUCUUUUUCCACUUUAAGGCCUCCAAGAUCUUGGCAAUAAAGUCUAAGCUUUUUCUUCCUUGAGGGCACAACACUUGCAA